UUCCUGCGAAUAUUGCUAUAAUAUAGUCAAUAUUUAAUAACGAAAGCUUCAAUUUAAAGGAGCAAGACUUCUCGUUGUUAACUCUUAAUUUAUUAAAACGUGUAAAAGAUGACUUCACCGUUUACUUGUAUUACAUGCCGUGUGGCAUUUCGAGAUCUGGAAAUACAAAGACAACAUUAUAAAUCAGAUUGGCACAGAUAUAAUUUAAAGAGAAAAGUGGCAGAUCUACCUCCAGUUCCUGUGGAAGAAUUUCAAAGAAGGGUAAUAGCACAAAGGAACAAAGAUGACAAAGAAAAGGAAGAAGAAACAAUGAGUUGUAAGGUAUGCAGAAAAAAUUUUAACACAAGAAAUCAAUAUGAAAACCACUUAUCAUCAAAGAAACACAAAGAAAAAUGUGCAAAACAAAACACUUUUGAAAUGUCCAGUGAUAAUGCUGAUUCUACGCUUAAUUCUGUAAGUAAGAAAGAUAUGAACGAAGAAAAUUCUAAUAGACAGUCAACAGAGGACAUGGAGGUAGAUUCUGAUGUUGAGUCUGUAGACUCUGAUGUGUGGAUGCAAGACACUGAAAAUCCAGUCACAAAUAACAACUGUUUAUUUUGUAAUCAUCACAGUAAGACUAUGGUACGCAAUUUAAAACAUAUGACAAUUGCACACUCAUUCUUCAUACCAGAUCCUGAAUAUUGUGUAGACAUCAAAGGCUUACUUACAUAUCUUGGAGAAAAGAUUUUUGCUGGAUACAUGUGCAUAUGGUGUAACAAUUCUGGAAGAUAUUUUCAAAGUGCUGAUGCUGUUAAGGCACACAUGAUUGACAAAGGUCAUUGUAAAAUGUUGUAUGAAGCAUAUGCACUUAUGGAAUAUGCACAGUUUUAUGAUUAUUCAUCAAGUUAUCCUGAUGCAGAAUCUAGUGAUCCAGAUGUAGAAGUUGAAGCAUUAGAAUUAGAUGAUAGUGAUUAUCAGCUAGUUUUACCAUCAGGGAAUGUUAUUGGUCAUAGAUGUUUGAUGAGAUACUAUAAACAAAACUUGAAUCCAAAUAGAGCACUUGCAGUAUCAAAGAGUACAAAAUUACACAAAGUGUUGUCGCAGUACAGAGCUCUUGGAUGGACGGAAACGCAAAAAGAAGCUGUUGUUAAGAAAGUCAGGGAUAUCAAGUAUAUGCAGAGAGUACAGGCAAAAUAUUCUACACAAUUGCAGUUUAAGGCAAACAAGUUUCAGAAACAUUUUAGACCUCAGGUGAACUAUUGA